AUGGCUGCGGCGGACCGGCCCCCUGUUAGGGAAGGGAUCCGGAUAGUUUUCCUGUGUGUGGGCUGGUACACGGUCAGCUCGGGGGGCAACAUCGUCAACAAAAUUAUCCUCAAUGGAUUUCCGUACCCGGUCACAGUCUCUCUGUUUCAUAUCAUUUCCAUCGUCGUUUUCCUCCCGCCGUUGUUGCGGGCAUGGGGAGUCCCCAAAUCAGAACUGCCCAGCAAGUACUACCAGUGGUACAUCCUGCCUUUAGCUUUCGGGAAAUACUUUGCAUCUGUGUCGGCUCACUUCAGCAUAUGGAAAGUACCGGUUUCGUACGCGCACACCGUGAAAGCCACAAUGCCAAUAUGGGUGGUGCUUUUAUCAAGGAUUAUCAUGAAGGAGAAGCAAACCACCAAGGUUUACGUAUCGCUCAUCCCCAUCAUUGGGGGAGUGCUGCUGGCCACGGCGACGGAGCUGUCCUUCGACGUGUCUGGACUCAUCAGUGCUCUGGCUGCCACGCUCUGCUUCUCUCUGCAGAACAUCUUCUCCAAGAAGGUGUUGCGCGACACGAGGAUCCACCACUUAAGGCUGCUCAACAUCCUGGGCUUUAAUGCUGUCAUCUUCAUGGUGCCCACCUGGGUUCUGGUGGAUCUCUCUGUGUUUCUGGUUAAUGGUGAUCUGGCCGACGUCUCAGAAUGGACGGGGACCUUUGUCCUUCUGCUCAUCAGCGGAUUUUGCAACUUCGCUCAGAACGUCAUCGCCUUCAGCGUGCUGAACAUCGUCAGCCCGCUCAGCUACGCCGUCGCCAACGCCACCAAGAGGAUCAUGGUCAUCAGCAUCUCGUUGCUGAUGCUGCGCAACCCGGUCACCCUCACCAACGUCAUGGGUAUGAUGACGGCCAUUGUCGGGGUCUUCCUCUACAACAAGGCCAAGUAUGACGCCAACAAGGAGAAGAAAAAGCUGCCAAGCUCCAAUCAGGACCUGGUGUCCUUUGACAACCCGGUGCUGGAGAAGCUCCAGGCCAACGGCUCAGUGCCUUUCCACCACGGCUCAGAGCAGCAGCACAACUGGAACAACGUGCUCACCGACCACUUCCAGUACAGCCGGCAGGCCUACACGUCAAAAUACAACAGCGACCACCAGUACGUGGUGUGAGGGAGGGGUCCGUCAUAGACAUGACUGUGUAGCCGCCACCCCCCCCCCCCCCCCCCCCUCCCAGCAGCGGGACACAGCCCGGCUCCCAACACCAGACUGAAGGCAAGCGCUGUUUGUUCUGGAUGGGGAGAACGAGGCGGCCGGCGGCGUGACCUCUCCCGCCCUCCUCCGUUUCUAAACUUCACUUCCUGACAGGUCUGCUGUGUGUCGUUGUUUAUUUAUUAGUUUGGUACCAUCUGUAUGUGAUUUGUUUGAGAGGAAACUACUUUAAUCACCUGGUUUCAGGACUUUUGGCCCAGUGUCCCAGCAGGUGGACUGGUAGCUGAUGAACGACCUUCCCUGAACUGUCUGAAUAAGUUUUGUUUUCACAACUAGCCAUACUUUUUGAUUUUGGGUUAUUUUAUUUUUUCACUUUCAGAAGAAAUGUUGUCAGCUGUAAUUAUUGGUGAAUGUUAACUUGCGCCAAAACAACAGUCCAACAUUUUUUUAAAUGAACAAACAUCAGCAGAAAACUGUAACAUGCUGGUUUGGGGCAUUUCGUAUUAAGGUACAUCAUUUUUCUACAUGAGCCACCGCUGUAAUGAUGUGAAGACGAAAAAUCAGUUUGAAUUGUUACGCAAUGCAUUCUUUAAACUCUUCAUGCAGGCGAGUCUGACGCUCAUCGGGCCUCAGUCUUCAGAUUUGGUGCGAUGACAUAAUAAUGAAUUAAGUAGGGCAUUUCCCUGAUGCUAGCUCCAUGGAUGGAAAUGUUACUCCACCACCAGGUAUUCAUGGUCUUCUGGUGAUAAAUCACUCAGUUGAUUUUUGUGGUUUUAAGCGUUUGAACUGAUUGUCUAACAUUAGUUGUUAUUUGUUUCCGCCUCACGGUGGAUUGUGACUCUUGUGACCUUCUGACUUUGUUCUUGCGUCCUGACCAGGUCAAAAUUCAUCACUUAAUUCCUGCACAAGGACAAUUCCCAUCAGCCUCAGCUGUACUCUGUGUUUAGCGUUAAUGUUAGCAUACUAGCAUGCUAUACUAACACGGUGAACAUGGUAAAUAUACAUGAUGAAUAUCAGCAUGUUAGCAUUGUCAUUUUGGGUAUGUUGGCAUGGCAACAGUAGCAUUUAGAUUGCACUCACUUUCCAAUGUCCCUCAAAAUUACAAGUGCCUAAACAAAAACGCUUAAAGAAAAAUAAUAAAAAAGAAAAACAUAUCUGCAAGAAACUACUGCUUGAAAACUGCAGAUGAGUGAACAUUCGGUCGUGGUCACAAAGUGUUUUAACCGCCAUCUUUUCGUCACGCCGCCUCCAUGUCUUUAAACAAAGAGGAACUCCCCAGAGUGAGACCAGUUCUGUCACCCAGAGUUGUCAAUGACCACACAUCUGUCCUUCACCCCAACAGAACAAUUCAUCUCACUGUUGGUUAUCAUGGAGCGCACUUUUAAAUUCACGAUUCAUAAAUCAUUAGAUUUAGCAAAACCAAGCCUUUUGGCAGGCGUACUGUAAGAAGUUUCGUGUUCCAUCUUUCUGAGGGAGUCUAACCAUGUAAAAAUAUAAGACGUUAACAUGUAUUAUUUUGCAUUUCUCAAAUUGAUUAUUGGUAUUUAUUGAUCUGCGAGGCCUCUCCGGCUGGGGGAGAUUUUCUCUUCCAUCAGACUGUUCAGCUUGAACCAAAGCUGCAUCGUCCCCUGUUUCUUUCUUUUAAACACAGGCCUGGUUUCAGUUUUCACAUCAUAAAACAACAAAAUGUGAAAAGCAUUGUGAUGUUCUGUUAAGUGACUUUAAGGGUGUGGCGUUUUACUCAAAAGCUUUCUUUCCUCGUGCUGGUGGCCGGCAGUUCAGAACACAUUGAAAAUGAGACAUUCAUGAAAUAACAGGUUUGCAUUUGCAAUUAAAGAUUCAACUGUAAUUGAA